GGUUACCAUUAUUGUUUCCUACACCAACUAGGAAACUCCCUUGUAUAUAUACACAUGUACCCUCUCUUUGAUAAUCAAUUGGAAAAUAAUCUUUCUACAUGGUAUCAGAGCCCUAAAUCUCACGGCCUCCGUUUUCUCUCCUCUCACGUUCGGCCCCCUCCCCACCGCCGAUCUCUCUCUCUUUUUCUCUCUGUACGGCAGCCUCCCUCCGGCACCAUGGCCGAAUCUGCCGUCACCUCCGACACCUCCUCCCUCAACUCCCCUCAUCUUGCUUUCACAACCAUAUCAAACAUCAAAUUCCACAUCCCCAUUCAACUGAGCAUCUCGGAACCAAAUUAUAAAAAGUGGAGCCGUUUGUUUCGUCUCCUUGUUCUUCGAUUCAACCUCUUUGGGUAUCUCGACGGUACUAUCCGUCCCAAAUCCGCUGCUGACGCCGAAUGGCAUCAAUUCGAUGCUCUCCUUCAAGGGUGGAUUUUGUCCACCGUCACCGACGAAGUCUCCGAUCUCAUUCUUGCACGCAAUCCAACGACCCAUGCUCUAUGGACGGCCAUUUACAAUCUAUUUCAUGAUAAUAAGCACGCGAGGGCGAUGCAUUUGGAGCACCGGUUUCGGACCACUGUCAAAGGCACACGUAGCAUCACGGAGUAUUGUCAACUUCUUCGAAACCUUGCCGAUUAUCUAGAUGAUGUUGAUGCUCCCGUCACGGAACAAGCCCUUGUUCUCCAAGCUCUCCAAGGAUUACCGCAGGAUCUUCGGGCACAGGUUCACUUCCUACAAUAUCAAAAUCCAUUCCCGAGUUUCUUGGAGGUCCGAUCCGCCCUCCUAUUAGUCGAGCAACAGCAGGCGGAUGCCCUUGGCAGCGGCAACCUGCCGACGGCCCUGGUAGUGACAGACCAGGGUCACGGCCAGCACGGACAGGCGCAGCGGCAGAUUCCCGGUCCCCCUCCUGGACGCGACGGCUACGGCGGACAAUCGCGUGGUGCCAUUAGGGUCCCUGUUGUGUUAUCCUUCUCCGUCUCGGUUGGAGUGUGUACAACCGCCUCCACAGUUGGAGUGUGUACUUCCUCCUCCAUGUUCUGUCUUGGACAACUCACCACAUCACGAUCUAGUGCUGAGGCAGAGUAUCGUGCAGUGGCCAAUGCCGUGGCCGAAGUGGAGGGAACUUUCAAAGGAAUGCCAUCAGCUGUUUUCUCCCUGGACGAAGAAAGGAAACUCUGUAGCAACUUCAAGUUUGCGCUGGUGGGAAGAGCUGGCAGAUUCAUCAACCUUCAUGACAUUAAAAGUUUCCUUGAAGGGACUGGAUACCAGGGGGGCUUCAGAUUACGCAGGCUUCUCAACAAUGAUGUUCUGUUCAUUUUCAACAAGGAAGAAGAAUACUUGAGAUUUUUUAUUCGAGGUCUAGAGGGUCUCCCUCUUCACCUUUUUGAACCCAAUGCCCUUUUUUCUAUAGCUAACCUGGUGGGUCUCCCCCUCCAAAUGGAUUCUGCCACAGUGAACCUUACAAGACCCUCCGUGGCAAGGGUGUGUGUCGAAUUGGACCUGACUAAAGAUAUGCCUAAAGCAGUUUGGAUUCACCUUGGUCCUUUGCCUCUUGUACAAACCUGCAGUGAUGAAAAUGAGCAGGCUAAGGAUCCUACCAUCCUAAUUGGAAAAAUUCAAUGCACCAAGGAUGCUUCACUACCUGUUCCUACUGUUGCUGAAAAUCUAUUGGGAAAGGAUGUUGCAAUUCCAACUGAUCCCCUACUGUCUGGUCCUGUGGUUGCUGAAAGUUUCCUGGGAAAAGAUGUUGUAAGUCCAACUGAUCCCGCGCCACCCCUAACUAUUUUUGAGGAAAGCACUGUACUCCACAGCCCCCCCUUCGUCCCUUUACCUGAAGUUGUCCACACACAUGUCCCCUUAAUUGCAGAUUCAAAUGUCCCUGAUGCUUCUGAUGCACACAGUACACUCCGAAAGGAUGUACUGGAUGGCUCACAUGACAAUUCAGUUUGUGGGGAUGAUGAAAUUAUUUCUGACCCAAACAUUCCCACUCAAAACCGUUUUGUAUUGUUAACUGACCCUAUGAUUACUGAGAUUUCUGAACAGGGCACCCCUAACUCCACCCCGCUCAAAAGCACACCUACAAAAGAGGAAGCUCACCAUGAAAUGUCAAGAAUGACAACAAGAAGAUCAAGACCACCCAUAAUUGAAGGCUUCAUUGUCGACUGUGUGGGAGAACCAAAACUAGAAUGCGAGGGAUACAACGAGCCAUUUCUCUUCCUAGGCCAUCCAGGAUCACCGAGGGAAGAUGGAAAAAGGCCACGAACAGCAAUACCUACCAAAAUCUCACCUCAUACCAUGGUGAACGUGUGGAUUUAAUUUUGGGCUGCGUCCCUUGUUACCUUGCUGGUUAAUCAGUAAAUAACUUAAUGGCUA